AUGCUGACACUGGACAACUACAGCGAUACCGUGCUCCAAGUGUGGGAGAACGCCAAGAAAGUUCGCAACGCCCAAGCUACGUUCACACUGUUGCUGUUCAUAUACAUUGAAAGAAGUACCGAUACUCUUGCGAUUCGGCGGGCCACACAACAAAAUAUUGCGUCCUCGUCCAUUCGGCUUCCUGAGUUUAUCAGGGAGGAUGACGUUGACCUUGAACCUUUGCAACUGCAGUAUGCAUCUGUUGUUGCAGCACGAUUGCCGAUUUCGGCUCCGAUCGAAAUUCCCUCGAACGCGACGAUGCAACAACUGCGCCACGUUGACCGGAUGGCCGAAAAUCAUGCGGACGAGCGCCGAAGAGACAUCAACAUUGAGUCUGAGCCGUAUAGAAUGGUUCGUAUCCGUAUUGGCUCCGUUACGAGUGCCCCAGUAGAAUGUUAUAUAUCUGUGGAGGACAUGCGCAGAAGUCUUGGACUUCCUCAGUGCGAUUUGACACCAGCAUUUCGAGCCCCAAUGCAUGGCUUAUCUGAGCCCCUUUUAAAUACCGAGGAUGUAGAUCACAUUGAGGAAUAA